GUCUCUGUCGGUUGUCACUUUUACAAUUUACAAACUUUACGAUUUACAUUUCGAAGUUCGAACUUUCGACUCUCGACAUUCUUUAAUUUGUACUUCGUUGUGAUAAGGUGAUAAGAUUAAAAUAAAAUCCAAUAAAGAUGAAAAUUGAAAAAAGUGAAUUUUCCGAUCAGCAUAUCUGUCCAUAAUGUUGCAGUGCUGUUACUGUUCUAAAGAGUUUAAAUAUGAAAGUGAGAAAAAAAGACAUGAACAAAGUCAUUAUCCACAAUUUGAGUGCAACCAAUGUUUUAAGAAGUUUAGUUUUUUGUCAGCCUUGAGAAGGCACCAAAAGCAACAUGAAAGGACAGGAAGUGUUCAGUGCCUUGAAUGUGGACGUAAUUUUCGCGAUGAUAUUCUUCUCAAACGACACAUAAAAUAUGCGCAUAAGGGUGAAUAUGAAUGUUCUCAAUGCAAUGCCAUAUUCAAAAGCGACUUGGCAUUAAUGUCGCAUAUGAAGACUCACAAGCCUAAAGCUGAAAGAAGAUUCCAAUGCAGUUUUGAAGACUGUAAAAAAUCGUUUAACUUUGCACACCAUCUCAAACAUCAUGAGCUAACUCACACAAAUACGAAACAGUUUUAUUGUAAAACUUGUGGCAAAGGUUUUAUUCAGUCCCAUCAUUUGAAGUAUCAUAUGAAAACCCACGAACCUGAGAAUUGGCUGUAUUGUACCAUACCAGAUUGUAACAAGAAAUUUGUUUCAGAAUAUGCAAGAAAAAAACAUCUCACAAGCCACAGGACUACCAUCGAUAGUGGCAUAUCCUCGGAUUCGAACUGUGAUCUUUCUCAGGAUUCUAUUAAGGCAGCAGAUGCAGCAGUGCUUUGUGCCAAAUGCGGAACUAUGAUAAUGCUAACUUCAUACGAAAAACAUGAAAGAGAAUGUAUGCGAAAACCAGAAAUGCCCGAAGACAAAUGUUUACAACCAAAGAUUGAAAUUGAAAUGAAUAACUAUAAUAAUAUUGAAGUUUUUAGCAACUGCAAAACUAUAUUAGGAAAAUGUAUUGCAAAUGAAAAUUUACCUAAUAGCUGUUUGUGCGCUCAAAUUAAAGAUGUGAAUAAUUUUUACGAUGAACUACUUCCGAAUGAAAACUUUGAUCCCCAUAAAGUUGAGACAGAAAACAAACCAACAUAUAAUAACAAUUAUGAGAAUAUUAGUAUUAUGAAUAAUGCAUGUGAAGGUUGUGAUUGUUCUAAUACUAAAUCUAAUAUAAACUCCUUGAAGGAACCUUUAAUACAAAACACAGAUGAAAAUUUACCAAAAUUUGAAUUUAGAAGUGAUGGUGCUAUAAAACUAAAAGAAACAAUUGACAUAAGCAUAAGUAUUAAAAAAGAAAAUCAAAUUAAUGAUACCGAUGAAUUUAUGAACAUUAUGAAUCAUGUGCCUUUUAAUAGUUGUAAAGCUGUGUUAGGUAAAUGCAUAGUAAGUGGUAGUGGUACUAUGAGUGAGAAUUGUUUAUGUGCUAAGAUGGCGAUGGAUGACCACCAAAUGACGGCUCAAGAAAUCGAUGAGAUAACACCACAACCAACAAUAUUAGCUUAAUAGUUUUUUAUCUGUGAUGUUCUAUGUUAUGUUAAUGUUGAGUAUAUAAUCUACACAGGUAUA